UCCAGAUCGAGCUGAACCACAAAUCACCUCGCUCUUUGCCGGCUUUCUUACCACCUCAAACCGUCCAACUCGCUCGGUUCUGUCGACCUUGACAUUUUUCCUUUUGCUACGCACUUGUUCACCCGCCCCUCCCCUUCCCCCGGCGCCCCCAAACCUACUCGUACAUCAUGAGCGCAGACAAGGUCGCCACCGCGACUCCGCGCGCGGCCUCGCUCUCCGAAAAGGGCGACACUAACAUCCAUGUUGCGCACGCUGACGCGCCCGUCGAGCUGGAGCGCCGCUUCUCUUUCCUCGCAUGUCUCGGCUUGGGCUUCUCCCUCCUCAACUCGUGGACUGCUAUGGCGGCGUCGCUCUCGAUCGUCCUCAACUCAGGCGGCAGCGCGGCCAUGGUGUGGGGCCUUGUCGUGUCGGGUGCCGGCACUCUCUUCAUGGCCAUCUCGCUCGCGGAGAUCUGCCACGUCUACCCCCUCUCGGGUGGACAGUACGACUGGGCUUACGUAUGCGCGCCCCCCAGCAUCCGCAAAGGUGUCUCAUUCUUCACGGGAUGGAUGGCCUGCGCUGGCUGGACAUCCCUUUUCGCCGCCGCGAGCUCUCUCGGCGUCGCCUUCGUCACCGGGUGCAUCGCCAUGUGGAACGAGAACUAUGUGGCGCAGAACUGGCACCUCUUCCUCAUCUUCCUCGCCUUUGCCCUGAGCGCAGCCGCGCUCAACGCCUUCGGCGUCAAGCUCCUCCCCAUGAUUGACCGCUUCGCCGGCGUUUGGGGCAUGGCCGGCAUUGUCAUCGUCAGUAUCACACUCCUCGCCUGUUCCAGCGGCCGCUACCAGCCCGCUAAGAGCGUCUUUGGCACCCUCACAAACGUCACCGGCUGGCCCGAUGGGAUGGCGUUCAUCCUCGGUCUGCUGCAGAGCACGCUUGGCCUCACCGCUUUCGACGCCGCCUCCCACAUGGUCGAGGAGAUCCCGCAGCCUUCGCGCAACGCUCCUCGCGUCAUGGUCAUGGCCGUUGGCCUUGGUACCGUCACCUCGUGGAUCUUCAUGGUCGUCCUGCUCUUCUGCCUCACCGACUUUGAGACCGUCGCCGCCGCGCCCUACGGGCCCCUCCUCACGAUCUACUACCAGGCUACAGCGAGCCUGACGGGCUCCACCUGCCUCGUCAUCUUCAACCUCCUGAGCAUGUUCUUCUGCAUCCAGGCCGUCAACACCGUCGCGUCCCGCAUGGUGAUGGCUUUCAGCCGCGACCGCGGUAUUGGUCCCAUUUCGCGCUUCCUCGCCCCCGUCCACCCCCGCUUCAAGGUGCCCCUCAUGUCCAACGCCUUCAUCACUGCCUGGGUUAUCAUCUUCGGCUGUGUCUGGCUCGGCUCGACCGUCGCCCUCAAUGCCAUCCUCUCCGCAGCCAUUCUCUUCGUCCAGCUUUCAUACAUUGUGCCCAUCAUCCUUGUCUUCGUGCGUGGCGACAAGGCCUUCGAGGGUCACGAGCGCAAGUGGAGCCUCGGCAAGUGGCGCCGUCCCAUCAACGCUGGUGCCAUCGCCUUCGCCUCUCUCACUUCGAUCUGCUUCCUCUUCCCGCCCGCCAUCCCCGUGCUCUCUGGCUCGAGCAUGAACUGGGCCAUUCUUGUCCUGGCCAUCGUCAUGCUUCUCUGCGGCAUGACCUGGCUCCUCGACGGCCACAAGAACUUCCACGGCCCCCUCGACCUCGAGGAGCGUCUCCAGGACGGCAAGAACGCUUAAAUCUCUGUCGUGGGCCGAUUUCGCUUUCGUGGCGCCGCGUCAAUAAUAUUAGUUGUCAGAAGAAGCGGAGAGGACGGAACACAUUGUCAAUAGCAUCGUUGUACAGUUUGUCAGGGGAUGCAGUAGCGGUGAAUCUCAG